UUUUGUAGGCUACUGAAUGAAAAAGCCAGCUGAUAAUUCAUCUGAAAACGUGACUGUCUCGCGCAAUCUCUAGCUUUUAAAAUGGAUUUUUGGAGAACAGAUGAUUCUUCGACUUGGCAGGAAGAAUCUUGGUCUCAGAAUCUACAUGAAUCACUAUUCAAAUCAUGUGAAUCUAAAAAGCAAACAACAAAGAAGAGCAAGAAACGCGACUCAGAAGUUCCAUCGAUCAAGGAGAAGAGGAUACAGUCUGCAGAAGGAGAAAGUAUUUGUGAAGAAGAAGCAGUACCAAGGAAAAAGAAAAAGAAAGGGAAUGCCAAACUUCAAAAUGGAGGUAGCGAUGAUGUUCAGAACCCCGAGAUGCCUGCAAGGAAAGAAAAGUUCAGACCUAAGAUUCCAGCCAUUUCUUCAGAGACAGCCUUGCACGAUCUUAAUGAGCCUGUUACACAAAACAGUGAUGUUUCCUCUACAGAAAUAAAUGAAGUUGAGAAUGCUGUUGUUCAGUCGAAGGAUAAGACAAAGAAGAACAGAAAGAGAAAGCCGAAAAAUAAUAAAUUUAAAGACAAAACCACAGCUGGAGAAGGUGAAAAUGGUACAGACUGUGGUCAUGAUGUUCAGAGUCAGAUAACUGAUGUGAAAGAAAGUUCUGUUGAAUCAUCUGAAGCAAACCUUUCAGGGAAAGAAAGGAGAAAGCUGAGGAGAAAACUUGCUAAGCAGCAGUUGAGAACUGAGAAACAAGAACAAGCAGAGAUUAUGGACAAGAAAAUGAGUGAUGAGUCCAAGAUUGAUUUACCUAGUACAGAUGACAGCGAAUCGAAAGGCACAGAUGAAGAUGAUAUUCCGGAUACCAGUAACCAUGGUGAUACAAAAUCCAAUCUCAUCCUGGCAAACACCAGGAGAAAGACACAGAUGAAACCUGAUGUCAGUCUCAAGAUUCAGAUGGAAUCACAGCUCAAGUCCUCUCAGUUUCGCUUCCUGAAUGAACAACUAUACAAGGUGACGGGGGACAAGGCCAAAGAUAUGUUUGCUGCUGAUGCAUCAGCUUUCUUGACUUACCAUGAAGGGUUCACCCAGCAAGUCAAGCAGUGGCCUUCCAAUCCUGUGGACAUCUUUAUUGAGGUAUUGAAGAAAAGACCAGCUUCCUUGGUGGUUGGAGACUUUGGAUGUGGGGAUGCUAAGAUAGCCCGCUCGGUCAAACAGAAAGUUCAUUCCUUUGACCUCUAUCCCAUGAAUAAACAUGUGACUGUCUGUGAUACGAAGAAGGUACCCUUGAAGGACGGUGUGUUAGAUGUCGCAGUGUUUUGUCUUGCUCUGAUGGGUACUAAUUGGAUGGAUUAUGUGAAGGAAGCCAACAGAGUUCUCAAAACAGGGGGUCUGUUGAAAGUUGCCGAGGUUGCAAGCCGCUUCACCUCUCCUGCCUCCUUCCUGUCUGUUAUGAAGUCUUUAGGGUUUCAGCUCAAAACCAAGGAUGUGUCAAACAAGAUGUUCUAUCUCUUUGACUUCAAGAAGAAGCAGGUAGUGACUGCUGUGCCGGCUGUGAAAGGACCCAUUCUGAAACCUUGCUUGUACAAGAAGAGAUAGCAGAACCGUUCCUCUUCCAGAGUUUCCUCAUUGGGCGGAUUGAUUGACACUCGUUCUUUAUGACGUGCCUCACAAGAUGUGACUUUAAGAAGAAGCAGAUAGUGACUCCUGUACCUGCUGUGAAAGGACCCAUCCUGAAGAGGAGAUGACAGAACUGUUCUACCUUCCUUGACCCUACAGAGGACCAGAAGCUUCGAAGAACAGAUCGGAUGAUAGUAAAGGCCACCGCACAUUAUACAAUCUUACUGUGAUCCAAUUUUUGAAGAAAUAGCAAUUAAAUUGGAUGCAGAAAUGUAAACAAAAUUGAGAUUUUUAAUGAAAAUAUGCAUACUCGUAAUAAAGAUUACAGUACAUUGAAGCCUUUUUAGUUGAAAUCAAAGCCAAAUCAGCUUGAAAUCGUAUAUAAUCAUACAACAGGUCUGACGUCACUACGAUUCUGAGCCAAUUUGGUAAUGAUAUUGCAGAUUCUUCAUAAAUUGGAUCGGAGGCAGAUCGUAAAGUGUGCGGUGGUCUUUAGGUGGUUUAUGAGUCAAAUACAAGUUGGCUUGAAAGGUCACAAAGUUUAGUUUCUAACAGUAGGAA